AUGGACACGCGCUUUCACUUCAAGUACCAGAGUCGACAGCCGCGACUCCGCGUCGAGUCGAAUCCCGCUGUGAACUACUAUCCCGAUAGUAAGCAGAUGAGCACCGUGUGCAGGGACAAGUCCACCAUUAUAGGCACGGAUAGAGUGACAAAUUACCUGAAGGAACACAUCUACCAGAAGCCACACGGCAGGAGGAUCCUGUACAAUCAGCUUCGAGCAAAUGACACUCUGCAUACGAUGCUGAUGUUCUGCCACAUGCCCACAGUUAUUCCGGUGAGAGCAUUCCUCGAUUGCAUGAUAAUGCGACACAUGAUGAUGGAGUCCAUGGUGCCCAAAUAUCCCUACCAUCAGAAGCAAUCAAAGCUGUAG